AUGGGUCUCUUGGAUCUCAUAAUAAGCAGCACGCUCGCUCACCCAUUAUUGACCUUUCCCAUCAUAGCAGCCACGCUCCUCUUGUCCCUAGGCAUCUACCGUAUCUAUUUACACCCCAUUUCCCCUAUACCAGGGCCAUUAUUGCCCAAAGUCACCUCAUUAUGGCUUUGGUACCACUCUUACAUCGGCGAUGAAGCGUCCAUCAUUCACGCGCUGCACACAAAAUAUGGCCCUUUGCUGCGCGUCUCACCCAACGAGGUCGAUAUCAGCGACCACGAAGCUAUUCCCGCAAUCUACGUCACCAAAGGCGGCUUCCCUAAAGCCGCAUGCUAUUCUAAUUUCGAUAUUGAUGGACACAAGACCAUUUUCUCAACUACAGAUAUGGAUUACCGUACGCCGAGAGCGAAGGCUGUUGUCCCACUGUUCUCAACCAAGAGCAUCAGGGAAAACGAGGCGGCGCUGUAUGGGUGUGUCGAUCGUAUGGUCGCAAGGAUGAAGGAAGAGAAAGAAGCUCGAGGGAUUGUGAAUGUGUUGAAUCUGGCAAGGAGUCUGGCGGUGGAUGCUGUGUCGACUCAUCUGUUCCGCGAGAACUACAACGGGACUUCCGAGAAGAGUAGCAAGUUGAGCGCAAGUGCAUUUGUAGAUGCUUUUGUUGCGGUAGGCAGGUUUUUCUACCUUCCAAACUUACUUUUUACGUGGGUGGAGUGGGCGAGCGAGAAGUUUUUCCCAGACGAACAUACAAAUGAGAGUAUGGCGGUGGUUGAUCGAUUUGUAGAAGGCUUGGUUAAUAACACCCCAGCUAAAGGUUCGCUGAAUUAUCCAGGAAGGCUGAUGGAACUGAGACUUUUGGAGCAAACAGAGCUGAAGGCGCAGUGCAAGGAUCUUCUUUUUGCUGGAACGGAUUCCUCUGGAAUGAAUUUGGCGACAAUCUUCAGGCAGUUAGUUUUGCAUCCUGAGGUGUACGAAAGUUUGCGGAAAGAAGUUCUUGACAAUACUGGCCCUCAGAGACAAGAAAUUCAAUCACUUCCAUUACUUUCUGCUGUAGUCAGAGAAGGUCUCCGAAUCAGCAUGGCAAACCCCACUCGCCUCCCGCACGUCGUUCCCGCGGGUGAUUGGACCUUCAAAGGAGCCUAUUUUCCCGCUGGCACGAUUGUUGGCUGCUCAGCAACCGAGCUUCACUUUAACUCAAUCAUAUUCCCAAAUCCGCGCUCAUUCCAGCCCGAGAGAUGGUUCAAUGCCACGCAAGAAGCUCAAAAGUCAUUCUUUGCCUUUGGAGCCGGUUCAAGAUCUUGCAUUGCCAAGAAUCUUGCAAUGACUGAAUUAUAUAUGGCAACUGAGCGGCUGGUACUGAGUGACGUGUUGAAAGGAGCGAGAGUUGUGCAAGAGGAAAUUGAAAUCUACGAAUGGUUCAAUUCAAAAGUGGAGGGGGAGGAGAUCGAACUAGUGUGGGAGAAAAAAGCAGAAAGAUCCUGA